AUGGGUCAGGAUAAGAUCCAAAAUGAGAAAUGGCAAGGAAAGCUACUCACGGCCAGAGAAGAAGACCAAGGUCUGGAUAGAAGGCAUGUUUUGCUUGGUAAUGGGAGUGGUCUGUGUGCCCUUUUUACACAGUGGCAGGAAUGUAUGAGCUCUACGAGCAGCUCCUACCAACUAAGCUCUACACCAGCAAGAGGAUAAAGACCUGUUUACCUGAUGAUGUGAUGUGUCAGUUAUGUGGAAAGUGCCCAGAAAGCGGUCCACAUAUCUUUGCUGGCUGUUCAGCUUUGGCACAUUGCAAAUACCUAGAAAGGCAUAACUCAGCCUUGAAGGUGUUAUUUUUUGAGCUUCUACGAGAUCUUGUGUUCCGCCUUGGUACUCCCCAGUGCAGCCAAAGUCACUCUACAACAGCUAGGAUGUGCAGGCCCACUGGGAUAUUCCCAUGUUUGCAGAAUAUAAUAAAGUUAGGGCCAAAUGAGUGGAUGCAAGGAUAGUAGUUCAUCAAGAAAAGACAGAAACGACUCUGGAAAUGAGCUGCCCUUGGAUCCAGAAUUGAGAGAAGAAAGACAAGGAGAAGGGGGUGAAGUAUGGGUCCCUAUGCUGGGAGCUUGA